AUGAUCCUCUUGUUUGCUACUUACUUGCUACACAAUACUAAAACAACGAGCGCAGAAGAGCCUCUGUCAGCAGAUUUUACCUUUCAUGACAUGCUCCAGUUCAACAUUGAGCUCACCCAAGCACAACAGUCACAACAACAGCAACAAGUUUUAACGAUGAUGCAGCCAAAGCAACCACAAAUGUUCGUGCAACCUCAGGAGCAGCAAUUUAUGCAGCCGCAGCCUCAGCCACCACAACAACAUCAGGCGCCCUCCCAGCAACCGUCGCAGGUAGUGCAGCUUCGUCAUCAGCAAACUCAGGUAGUGCAGCUGCCACAACCGGAGCAGCAAAGGGCGGUCUUUGAACGACAGGGUACGGGCAGCAGUACCAAUAGCAAGCACAGCCUUAGCUUGAAGAGCUUGGCACCUGAUAAUGACAGCGGUGGAAGGAAGCACAGCAUGAAGAGCUUGAACAGUUCAUGGACAAAGAUGGCCACUGAUGAUUUCAACCAGAGUGCGACUGAGUUCUCUCUCAAUAAUAGCGUCCACAACUUCAACUCCAAGGCCCACAAGUUUAACCAACGCAUCGCCAAUCAUCAAUAG